CCGAAGAGCAUUGAGAGAGAAGGGAAGACGCGUCACUGAUCGUAAAACCAAGCGACAUCGAGAUGGCUUCGGCUUCGUUAAUAUUUCUGUGCUUCGUCGGGAGUGUGAUAGUCUCUUUGGCAAGCGGCUGCUCUUCCCCUUACCAGAAAGUUGGACAAUGGUGUAUAUUCGUGAACAUCACGGCGCCUGCAGGAGGGCCAGGCCAACCCGUCAGCUGGUUGCAAGCCAAGGCAUCCUGCCAGCAAUCCAAUGCGGACUUGGUCACCUUAGAAGAUCAGAGGAAAUUGUUCGCCAUUACACAAUACCUCAACCUCAAUUUCAGAUCUGAGUCUCAAGGAGGCUGGGUAUACUGGGUUGGCGCCCUUGGGUCGAACCGCGAAUGGCAGUGGGUCAAUAAUAAGCCCCUGAGCCUCCUCCUCAAAUAUGUAAGUAUUCCUUAUUUGAAUCAUGUUAAGCUUCGUAAUCAGCUUGGUAAAGUUAUUAUUAUUUUUUCUAGAUUCCUUUUCAGGGAUCUUGGGAUUGUGCCUACUGGCUGCCAGACCAACCCUCCGUGGAACCCACCACGCAACAUGGUCGUUUGGUACCUGCCGAUAAGGUUCACGGGAGGAGAUACCUCCUGA